AUGCCGGGCCUUCGUCAUGAUCAAUUCCAUGAGAAAGCGCAGCUAGACGAACUCUCCAUGGAGCAAUUCACCAAACGGGCACUAUCUCCAGUUGUUGCAGACGGAGAAGUCUCUCUUCUGCAAAUGGUAAAACAAAACAUCCGACAUCUCCGAUCUCAAACGCCCUCCCCAGAACCUAUGUGCAUACCCGAGCCCAUGCACAAAUCUGGCCAACAAGGUGCCAGAAGCACAUCUUCUUCUUACCCUGAAGAUAUCGUCCGAUCUCCAUGUGUGCCUUCACCGCCAGAUUCUCACAUGGCCUUGUCGAAUCUUGGCGACCUGAAGAGAUACAGCCUCACCAACGAUCGUUUGUCUGGCCUCCGGUCAUCAUCUAGCUCGUCUGGUUACUCUAGGGCUGUAAGUCAAGGAAGCGCCUACAAGACAUUGACGGAUGCCGCAACAGCUAUCGGGAAGCUACAACGUUUACCGACACCCUCGUACCACCGGUUUGAAGUCUCUUCGAGCUCUGAAGAUUUGGCGUUGAAAACUUUAGCCCCGCACAAUAGUGAGGUCAGCAACGAGAGUGAAAGAGGCUCUAUCAAGAGCCUCGAGACGCAACCAUUGAAAAGAGUGACAGCCCAUACCAAAAUCGAUUACCUGGCGGACAGAUUCCACUCAGAAAGUCCUAGCCCAUCGGUAAGGCUACCUCAAAUCAUCAAAUCUAAGAAAAGAAAAGCAUCCGUUAUCUCCCUUCGAAGCAUCUCUGCUGGCGUCAAGCGGUCCCGCGUUGAAGUUAAGAAGCUGGCGCACAACAUUUGCCGCAACAGCUGUGACAAACUUCGCCAAGCUCGUGAGAGCAUUAAGCGACAACAAAAAGAGCAAAAGAAACAAUAUUCGAUUUGGAAAGAAUUGCGACGUAAACUCAAGCCUGGCGACGCGAUCAAAGGCAAGCAUGAGAAAGGUUUCGCAACCUUUUCGAUGGAAAAAAGCAUCCGUGGAGCCAAAUCCUGGUGGAAGGCUGGCGUUGACAAAUAUCAGGCUCCCGAAUGGAUGCACUUUGGGAAAUAG